UGGGUUAGGUGUGAGGUUAGGCGAUCAUGUGCCGUUCCAUCAUUCCAUGUGAGUUUAACAGUCGCGCUUGACCACGCUUGACACAAUCUUCUGAGUGUGGCUCGACACCGGUAUCUUCUGUCUCUUCCAAAAUGAUGCAGGAGGAUAACGAAUUGAAGAGAUUGCUUAGUAAUCCAGCGAAAAAUGCGGGCGAAGAUGGAUCCAUGGCUCCGCCGUUAUCGACCAACGUGCCGAGGCCAAGCACAUCGCAAAAUGUUAAUCCGCAAUCGAUGAUGACUCCGAUAACGCCGGUUAAUAGCACGAAAGAAGUCCUGGAGCCUUGUUUACAAAAUGUAGUUUCUACAGUCAAUUUGCAAACAGAACUGAAGCUCAUGUAUAUUAAUGUGAGAACUAGGAAUUCCGAAUAUAAUCCAGCGAGAUUUACUGGAUUAAUAAUGAGGAUACAGAAUCCUAGAGCGACGGCGCUGAUCUUCCGCUCUGGCAAAUUAGUAUGUACCGGCGCGAGAAACGAGGAAGAUUCGCUUUUGGCGGCAAAGAAGUUUGCCAGGAUAAUCCAGAAACUUGGAUUCCCUGUAAAGUUUUCCUGUUUUAAAAUACAAAACAUAGUUGCGACGUGUGAUUUGAAAUUCCCAAUUAAGUUGGAGAAUCUAAAUCUUAUGCAUGGUCAGUUUUCUAGUUACGAACCAGAAUUAUAUCCUGGCUUGACGUACAGAAUGGUAAUGCCUAGGGUUGUGUUAUUAAUAUUUGUGAAUGGUAAAGUUGUGUUAACAGGAGCAAAAAAUAGGACUGAACUACAAGAUGCAUUAAAUAAUAUAUAUCCAAUAUUAAAGAGUUUUAGAAAGCAAUAAUAUCAUUUAUUUAGAAAUUAAAUCAAGUCAAGUAAUAAAUCUCAAGACAUGUAAAUAUAAAAAUUAACUGCAAUAGAAAAUUGUGUUUUUGUGAUAACUGGUGAUCUUGGAACUUUGUAUAUGAGAGUAGCUUUAUCUUGUAUUUUUAUAUAUCUUUUGUAAUGCAUAAUUGCCAGCAUAAUAUUGGAGUAUUAUUAAUA